AUGUUGAAAAACGCUCGUAAAUUAGUGCUUGACAAUCGCGGUUCAACCACCACACCAUCUUCAUCGUCAUGUGUUGAUUUCAGACAAGAGAUCGGAAAGUGUCACUGUUUUCAAGGACAUGAUUAUGCAAGCUUCAAAAAGCAGUACAAACUUGGACCAGAAUUAGGACGCGGUGGCUUUGGGACUGUGUAUUCUGGGUUUCGUGUAAUUGAUGGUUUGCCAGUGGCAGUGAAGUACGUAUCAAGAAAUAACGUAACCGGUUGGCAAAAGAUUCCUAGCACCGAUAUGAAGUUACCUAUGGAGAUAGUCCUUCUAAUGAAAUGUACAAAAAUACUGGGCGUAAUUCAAAUGUAUGAUUGGUUUGAGCGACCAGAUGGAUUCCUGAUUGUGAUGGAGCGACCGUCGCCGUGUCAGGACUUGUUUGAUUAUAUAUCAGAGCACGGCGCAUUAGAUGAAAGAAUUGCACGUAGUUUUUUCAAACAGGUUGUGGAUACUGUGAAAGCUUGUGAGGAUGCGAAUGUUGUCCAUCGAGAUAUUAAAGAUGAAAAUUUGAUUGUGAAUUUAAAAACUGGACAUUUGAAGUUGGUUGACUUCGGUUCUGGUGCAUUUUACAAAACAAAGGAUCAAAAAUUUACCGAUUUUGAAGGGACACGUGUGUAUAGUCCGCCGGAAUGGAUUCUUCGUUCCGAGUAUGAUAGUUGCAAGGCAACUGUAUGGUCACUAGGAAUUUUGUUGUACGAUAUGGUUUGCGGAGAUAUUCCAUUCCAUCGUGACGAAGACAUUGUUUGCCGAGGACCAUUAGUUUGGCGACGACAUGUUUCAAAAUGUUGUAAGAAUCUGAUUAUGGAAUGUUUAAAGUAUGAUGCGGACGAACGUUGUGAUUUGGAAUAUAUACGGCAUCAUCCCUGGUUGUCCGAAGGUGACACAUCUCUUCCACUGUCUAUAUCGGAAUUGAAUUCAGGUCGCUAUAAGUUAGGCAGCGUACCAGCAAAAUUGGUGACACAUGCAGAGCAACAUCCAGCUUUGCGUUACGCUAUACCAAAUGCUGCUGCGAGUGAAUCGCAUUUAAGCGCUUUCAUGUAUUUUUCGUCGCAGAACGGUUCUGCAAUUAUUGCCAAAACAUCGUCAAUAUCUAUGGGAGGCCAUAACCGGCACCAUUCUCCUGGGUUCCGAUCUUUUAUUGAUAGUUAUUCCGGAAAUCUAUCAUUGUCAUCAAGUUGUUCAAGUAUAAGCUCAGGAUAUUGUACCACUUCCUCGCCACCAACAGGUUCGCUAAUGUUGGGCAGUUAUUGA